CCGCAAAGUACAAUUUAGGUUGGAAGGUUUGAAAAAGAAAGAAGGAAGACUAGAAGUUGUAUAACCCAACCAAGAAGAAAGCAAUGAAUUCCAUCUGGUGAAGGCGGGUGAGCUGCGCGUGCUAAGUUGGAGUGGAAGUGCUGAACCCAUUCAUCAACCCAGAUGAUGAACAUGAAUCGUCGUCUGAAUGGUUCUGCUCGUCUGAUGCUGGUCUCAGAUCUUGAUUGCACCAUGGUUGACCAUGAUGCGCCUGAUAAUCUGAGUCUUCUCAGGUUCAAUGCGCUGUGGGAAUCAUAUUACCGCCAUGAUUCUCUGCUCGUAUAUUCCACUGGAAGAACACCCAUCACGUACAAACCUUUGAGGAAUCAGAAACCCUUGCUAACCCCCGACAUCACCAUUUUGUCCGUCGGCACUGAGAUUAUGUAUGGCGGUGGUGACGAUAUGGUUCCUGAUCUUGGUUGGCAACAGUUUAUCAGUCACAGAUGGGAUAGAGCCAUUGUUGUUGAAGAAACUAAUCAAUUUCCUCAACUUAUUCCUCAGGCAGAGAAAAACCAACGACCUCACAAGGUUAGCUUUAAGGUUGACAAGGUAAUGGCAUUGGAAAUAAUGAAUGCUUUAUCAGAACGGUUGGAGAAACGUGGGGUAGACAUAAACAUCAUUUAUAGCAGGGGGGUUGAUUUGGACAUUUUACCCAAACGUGCCGAUAAAGGACAAGCUCUUGCGUAUCUGUUAAAGAAAUUCAACAAUGAGGAGAAACUUCCGCACGACACUCUUGUUUGUGGCGACUCUGGAAACGAUGCUGAACUCUUCAGUCUCCCUCAAGUGUAUGGUGUGAUGGUGAGUAAUGCACAAGAAGAUUUGUUGCAGUGGUAUGCAGAAAAUGUGAGUGACAAUCCUGAUAUGCUUCAUGCAACUGAGAGAUGUGCAGCUGGGAUAAUACAAGCCAUUGGACAUUUUCAUCUAGGUCCAAAUGUAUCGCCUAGAGAUUUAAAAGACUUCCGAAAGUGCAAAGUGGAAAUGUCCAGUCCUGCUCAUGAGGUAACCAAAUUCUAUUUGUUCUAUGAGAGAUGGCGCCGUGCUGAAGUAGAGAAAUCUGAGGAGUACAUGCAAAACUUAAAAUCAGUCCUUUCAUCGGGUAUCUUUGUCCAUCCCUCCGGAGUUGAUCUACCAAUCCACCAGUGCAUAGAUUCAUUGGCAAGGUUGCAUGGAGAUAAGCAGGGAAAACAAUUUUGGACAUGGUUGGAUCGAUUAUCCUCAGUUCAAAUUGGCUCAAAUGCAUGGCUCGUGAAGUUUAAUAAGUGGGAAUUGUGUGAGAACGAGCGGCGAUGUUGUCUAACUACAGUCUUGAUGAGUUCGAAGGGUGAGGGGCCAGAUGAUUUCACUUGGCUGCACAUGCAUCAGACAUGGCUGUAUGGUUUGGAAAUUAAAGAACCAGAAAGAUGGUUAUUCUAGCUUCCUAGCCAGAAUCCAGCGGUUAAUUCCAAGUUUACUGGUCAUGAAAAGGCAUCCUUGUACAUACAAGUUGCCAGGACCAAGUCAAAGUGCAUGAUGACUAAAGUUUGAUUGAGUGCUAGUCAAUUGUAGAAUAAUGGAUAUACUGUGUACAAUCUGAUGUUCUAGUUGUUAUAAACUAAACUAAAAACCAAUCAAGCAAUAAACAAAACACAACGAUAUCAGAGUUCCUCCAA